UCCGCAUGGAGCUGCAUACUUGAUUUGCAUUUUCAUACUCCUAGCUGUGGUCUGAAGAACUCUAUAUUAGGUGGUGCUCCAACACCCGCAUCGAGGGGCUUUGUCUUGCCCUUCUAUCACCAUCAGCAGCCCACAGAGCAGGAAUAUAGCCUUCACACCUUGCUUUACAACUUGACAUACACCACCUUCAACACCAACACAAAGAUGGCCGUCCCCGCAACCUUCGCAGCCGCGUUCAACGACUCGCCCGGCGCCCCCGUGCGCGUGGGCGAGCACUCCUUCACCUCCCCGCUCUCAGCCGACGACCUGACCAUCCGCAUCACCGCGACCGCCAUCAACCCGGUCGACUGGAAGCUGCGGGACAGCGGGGCCUUCCUGCCCUCGUGGCCGAUCAUCAUGGGCUCCGACGCCGCGGGCGAGGUCGUCGAGGUCGGGGACAACUUCACCAGCAAGUUCCAGCCGGGGGAGCGCGUCUUCUUCCAGGGCCUGGUGGGCAAGUACGAGAUGUGCACGUUCCAGCAAUACUGCCGCGUGCCCGCGCACGUGGUUGGCAAGACGCCCGCCAACGUAACCGACGACGAGGCCGCGGGCGUGAGCCUGUGCAGCGUCACCGCCGCCGUCGCCAUCUACCACUCCACCGGCCGGAGCCUGACGCCCGCGCCCUGGUCGGCGGCCGAGGGAGGGGGCAGCCAGGCCGGCAAGGGCAAGGCGGUGGUCGUGCUGGGCGGGAGCACCUCGGUCGGCCAGUACGCCAUCCAGUUCGCCCGGCUGUCUGGGUACUCGCGCAUCGUGACCAGCGCGAGCGCCGCCAACGCCGAGUUUCUCAAGACCCUGGGCGCGCACGUCGUGCUGGACCGCAAGACACAGGGAGGCGUGCAGGACUAUAUCGCCGCCGUGGGCGACGAGCUGGAGCUGGACUGGGUGUACGACUGUGUCAGCCUGGACGAGUCGCAGCUCCUGGGCGUCAAGAUCGUGCAGGGGGCCAAGAAGGUCACGCCCGAGGCGCUGGUCGUCUCUGUCGACAAUGCAGACGAGAAGGCCGUUGCUGCGGGCAAGGCGGCCGAGGGCAGCGGCCGCGAGGUUCCCGUGCGUGGCAUCUACGCGUUGGGAUACUACCCGGACUAUCGCUACGUCACGGAGCCAAUGUACGAGAAGCUCGGUGAGUGGAUGGCCACGGGCGAAUUUGUGCCCAACCGCGUCAAAGUGCUGCCCGGUGGGCUGAAGGCUGCGGAGGAUGGCAUGCAAUUGAACAAGGCGGGUGUCUCGGGCGUCAAGGUCAUCAUCCGGCCCCAGGAGGCAUCGUAGGUGAUAUGAACGGCAGGGGAAUGGUGGCGAUAUCCAGACGCUUCUCGCGUAUGAAGUGGUCGAAUUAGUUGUGACUUCAGUCAAUUGAUGUUUAUUCCAUAUGA